UACGUUGCUAUUAAACGAACAAACAGUCCGCAGAAGGAAUUAUUCAUUAAAAAAAGUAUUUUUAAAAGAAAAAAAGUUGAAAAAAUUGAAAAUUUUGGUGGAAACGAGGAUGGAAGCAGGUGGGAGGAGGUGUCCGGAGGCUUUUAUCCUUUUUUUUAUUUUUUAUUUUUUACUUUUUAACCUUCCCGUCUUAUCUCUAUCAGUUGGCGCCGCUGGCAUAGUACUGUAUUCCUCGCGUUCGCAAUUCAAUUUCUUAUCCACAACUUCUCAACUUCUAACCUUUCCCCUUCAUCAUCUCUAUCAUCUUCACUUCAUUCAUUUCGGUUUUCAUGGCGACGCCUUUCUCCUCCACCACUUCUCUCCGUUCUGUCUUCCGACCCAAACAAAUCCCCCCUCCCAAAGCCCUCCUCUCCAUCCGAGAUUAUAAUGCAGGCUUAAAUUGCAUCAAAUGCGGCUCCACUACCACGCCUCUUUCUUCAUGGAAAUCAGCUUCAAACUAUAUCCGGAUCAGGCGACAUGCCCUAAUGCUUCCUACCCAGCCCUUUCAAUCAGGGAAUCUGUCGAAAUACAGAAGAGGAGUCAUAAGGGCCGCAACUAUCGAAGAAAUUGAAGCGGAGAAAGCAUUGAUUGAGAAAGAUGUAAGAGCAAGGAUGGAAAAGACUAUCGAUACUGUUCGGUCUAGUUUCAACUCAAUAAGGACAGGGAGAGCAAACCCUGCUAUGCUCGAUAAGAUUGAGGUGGAGUAUUACGGCAGUCCAGUUGGCCUGAAGAGCAUUGCCCAAAUUAGUACACCUGAUGCAAGCUCUCUCUUGAUCCAGCCAUAUGAUAAAUCCAGCUUAAAGUCAAUAGAGAAGGCCAUAGUAAACUCUAACUUGGGAAUGACUCCAAACAAUGAUGGAGAAGUCAUACGGUUGACUCUCCCUCAACUCACAUCCGAAAGGAGAAAGGAAUUGUCAAAGGUUGUUGCUAAGCAGGCAGAGGAAGGGAAGGUGGCGGUGAGGAAUAUAAGAAGAGAUGCCUUGAAAGCCUAUGACAAACUGGAAAAGGAGAAAAAACUUUCGGAAGAUAAUGUUAAGGACUUGUCAAGCGAUUUGCAGAAACUGACAGAUGACUAUAUGAAGAAGAUUGAUGUCAUAUACAAGCAGAAAGAGAAGUGGUUGAGUGAACAUGAAUUUGCAAAUUGUAUUUCAGGAGUUGUUGAAGGUGUGAGCAGAAGAAGCAAAUGGUGGAGGUGUUCCCCUGCUGAUCUGUGUCAGAUGUGCAAUUGUUGGUUUCUUUUUCUCCUGAAUAGAGUUUUGAUGUCAUUGUUAGAAUCAAACCGUUUCUUUUUCAUUUGAAAUGAGAUUCAACGCCUCGUGGGAAGAAAGGGGAAUAUGCAUGAUGCCUCUGUUGUCAAAUUGGCUCAUCUCUAACUUCUCACUCUGUACAUUGAAACUGACAUUAUGACUACAACACACUCAUUUUGACUCGGCGUUCAACUGUUGAGCUUGAGUUUAAUGUGCCUAUUGAACAUAAUAAUUUCUCCUCU